UGUGGUCAGUUUUUGGAUACUACUGCUCAUGAUGAGGCUGCUGUGAUUAAAGUUGGAAAAGAGGCUAAACAGGAAAUCGAAGCUGCAAAUCCAGGGUAUAGUUUACCUCAUGACCCAACAGUAUUGCUGCUUAAGCAGCCAGAGCGGCCAAGAAAUUAUGAUGAUUAUUUCUAG